AAAUAUCACAACACACCCACAUGACGACACACACAGGAUAAUUUCAAGAGUGCUUGUCUUCAUUGCUCUUAGAUAAUUACCUUGCCAUUCUGUUAGGGGCCAUUAAAUCUUGCUGUGCAGUGUUUCAGAAUAACUGUGAUUUUGUUAUGCGCUCUAGUUAACCCAAUCAGAAGUUACACUUCGUGUUUUGACUAUAUACAGUGCAAAAUGAAAAGUCACAUUUCCUUCAUUACUCUGUUCGCUGCACACUAUGUUUUCCUGGAAGCCUCGUGCAACUCGCACAGCAGAAACGGCUGGAAAUUAACCAAGGUACUGGGGUUUUCAUGGGCAAACUGCGGAAAGCCAGAUGACCCUGCAUACUUGAAGACUCUUAAUUUGUCCCCAGAUCCCAUUCCUAUUCCAGGAUAUUUAACAGCAGAUGCAUCAGGCACCACAUCAGUAGAGCUUACCUCUCCUCUUUCUGUGAACGUAACACUGGAAAGAGAAGUUGCUGGUGUGUGGGUAAAAAUACCUUGUAUAGAUGAACUAGGAAGUUGUCAUUACCCUAAUGUCUGUGACUUGCUCGAUCAACUCAUCCCUCCAGGACAAGACUGCCCUGAGCCUCUGCAAACAUAUGGCCUGCCCUGCCACUGUCCAUUCAAAGCUGGUGAUUAUUCUUUGCCUUCGUCAGGUAUCAACAUACCAGACGUUGAAUUGCCUGGCUGGCUGACCAACGGCAAUUACAAAGUUCAGGGCAUUUUAGGAAGCUCUGAAAAAGAACUGGGAUGCAUUAAAGUCAGCUUCUCAUUACAUUCCUCCUUACACAAGUAACAUUAUGAAACAGAGAGACAUAGCACCCUUCUAUAGCACAGUCAGCUUUUCCUGGCUUUUGGGUGGCUCUUAGAAAGAAAAAAAGGAGAUACAAAUAUUUUUUUAAUCAUGAAGUAGUGGUUGAUUAAUUAAUAGGAAUUUACUCAUUAUUUCAAAAUUGACAAAAUGGUCUGUCAUCAUGAGCAUAUUUCCAAGAAAUCGAUUAGGAUUGUGAGAUCCUGUAAAUAUUUUUUGAUAUGUUUACUUUUAAACCAAUGAGUAAGGAGACUUGUUACUGCUCUGAUGUAUGUCUCUGCAGUACUGGAAUUUUUUAGAUCAACUGCAAAUGUAUAGAUUUUUAUUUUUAUUUUUUUUUAAUCAUUCUUAUUUGAAUGUUUUACCUAGUUUUAAUUACUGGAUUUGUUCUCCUUGAUGCACUAAUGCAUCAAUGAAGCUAGUAAAGCUGAGCUGUUUGUGAAUCAGUUUUCAUUAAAAGAUCAUUUUCCUGCU